AUGGCAUCCCUCUUCACCGAGCUCAAGACGCCGAUCACCGGCCCUUAUAAGCAACCUACUGGACUCUUCAUCAACAACGAGUUCGUUGAGGGCGUUGAUAAGAAGACCUUUGAGGUUAUAAAUCCUUCCACCGAGGAGGUCAUCUGCUCCGUGUCCGAGGCUACCGAGAAGGAUGUCGACAUUGCCGUCGCAGCGGCACGGAAGGCCUUCGAGGGCGUCUGGCGCCGCACCACGCCCUCCCAACGCGGCAGAUACCUGACUAACCUGGCGGACCUUUGUGAGAAGAACGCUGACUUGCUUGCCGCCGUUGAGUCGCUCGACAAUGGCAAGUCCAUUACCAUGGCCCGUGGCGACGUCGGUGCCGUCAUUGGCUGCAUCCGGUACUAUGGCGGUUGGGCCGACAAGAUCGAGGGCAAGACCAUCGACAUUUCUCCAGACAUGUUCCACUACACCAGGCAAGAGCCGCUCGGUGUAUGCGGCCAGAUUAUCCCCUGGAACUUCCCCCUUUUGAUGUUGGCAUGGAAGAUCGGGCCUGCCUUGGCCACCGGCAACACUGUUGUCCUGAAGACGGCUGAGCAAACACCCCUUUCUGCCCUCGUUUUUGCCCAGUUCGUCAAGGAGGCCGGUUUCCCCGCUGGCGUAGUAAACAUCAUCUCCGGCUUUGGAAAGGUUGCAGGCGCCGCUAUUUCCUCACACAUGGAUAUCGACAAGGUCGCCUUCACUGGCUCGACCCUUGUCGGCCGCACCAUUAUGAAGGCUGCUGCCGAGUCCAACUUGAAGAAGGUAACCCUCGAGCUGGGCGGCAAGUCGCCCAACAUUGUCUUCGACGACGCCGACAUUGAGGAGGCCAUCAGCUGGGUCAACUUUGGCAUUUAUUACAACCACGGCCAGUGCUGCUGCGCCGGCUCUCGCAUCUACGUGCAAGACACCAUCUACGACAAGUUCGUCGCAGCUUUCAAAAAGCGUGCCGAGCAGAACAAGGUCGGCGACCCGUUCAACCCGGAAACCUUCCAAGGCCCACAAGUCUCGCAACUCCAGUACGACCGCAUCAUGGGCUAUAUCAAGUUGGGUAUUGAGGAGGGCGCCACAGCCUUGACGGGCGGCGGACGACACGGUGACAAGGGCUACUUCAUCCAGCCCACAAUCUUCACCGACGUACGGCAGGACAUGAAGAUCAUGCAGGAGGAAAUCUUCGGCCCAGUCUGCGCCAUCGCCAAGUUCUCCAAAGAGGAGGAGGUCAUCAAGCUUGGCAACGACAGCAGUUACGGCCUCGCUGCCGCCGUCCACACCAAGGACAUCAACAGAGCGAUCCGUGUGAGCAACGCCCUCAAGGCCGGCACCGUCUGGGUCAACUGCUAUAAUAUGCUCCACUACGCCCUGCCAUUUGGUGGCUACAAGAGCUCUGGAAUUGGCCGUGAGCUUGGCGAGGCCGCAUUGGCGAACUACACCGAGAACAAAAGCGUUGCCAUCAACCUGGGGGGAAAGAUCUUUGAUUAA